UAGUGACGGGUGAUACCUCUAGCGUAGCCCAGCUCAGACCCAUUAUUUAGGCGCGAAACGUAAUAGUGCAAAAUUCGAUCUGCCCAGGUCUUCCCGCCAACGUAAGACAUCACGCAGCACGUUCUCACUGUACAUCAAAGGCACUCGGGCAAGGUGGGAGAGGAGAGGAGACGGUGGCAGAACGAACAUCUCAUAUCAGUCUCAAAAUACGGGAUAUCAGAUAGAGGAGACAUGAAUCCGGAUUCGUCCGGCGGUGGGUACACGAAGGCCCGCUCGAUGCAGCACCGGGACGCGCUCCUGCUGCUCGGGCAGCACCUGGCCUGGCGGGACGGGGACGUCGUGCUUGACGUUGGCUGUGGAACAGGGGAGAUAGCAAGACACAUCGCAGAUCGGAAGGAGGUCGCGACAGUGGUGGGGCUGGACAUUUCCAAGGACAUGGUCAACUUUGCCACCUCCAGCAACACGGCGGAGAAAGCCUCUUUCCACGUGCUGGAUAUCCAGGACGAGUCUGGCAUCAGGGAGGACUGGCGGGGGAAGUUUACAAAGGCCGUCAGCUUUCACACUGUGCACUGGAUACCGAACAAGGAAAGGUUUCUGGCGAAUGUUCACAUGUGUUUGGAGAAAGGUGGGGAACUCCUCUUCAACUUGUUCGCAGGGGUCCCAGCGAUCAAGGUGGCGCGUGACAUCAAACACCACCCCAAGUGGCGGGAAUAUCUGACGGACUACGCGCUGCAGUUAUACGAGUGGCCAAAAGGGGACGUUGCUGGCAUGUCACACCUGCUGGAGGAGUGCGGCUUCGAGGUGGUGACGUGCGAGGUUCACACUCUCACCUUCAAGCUCGAUUCCUUGGAAAAAGAAAAGGCUUUCUCUCGCCCACUUCUAGGACAUCUACAGUACAUUCCCGAGGAAAAGCAGGACGACUUUCUGGAGGAUGCCAUCAGUAUGGCUCGUGAGUUGUACCAGAAAGACGAAGAGGGACGAGUUGCUUGGGAGAUGCCUCAAAUCGUGGUGCACGCGCGGAAGUUGUAGGCGUCUUUUGGGCGAGUGUCCUGCGGUUAGGUUUCGUUAGGUAGUCACACUACCUAAAAAAACAAACUCGUGCAACCUACAGAUAUCGCUAUUCCUCAAAGGAAGACUUCUGGCGAGAUGCUCAUGAUGAAGAUUCAACACACCGCUUAUCAUAAUAAGCGCAUUCAUACUUAUCAAAUGUAUCAAAGCCCAUACCGCCAAGUUGCCUUUAACAUGUACUGUUAUUAAGACCUACGAUCACAGCAAAGACUCAUCUCAAA